AUGGCCGAACAGAUUGAGAAGGCUUUCCAGAAGCAGCCUAUCUUCCAAAACGCGAAGGCUCGCGGCGGUAAGAAGGUCUCCACCAAGGAGAAGCGGUGGUACAAGGAUGUCGGUCUUGGCUUCAAGACUCCUGCGGAAGCCAUCCAGGGUACCUACAUCGACAAGAAGUGCCCCUUCACCGGCGAGGUCUCGAUUCGUGGUCGCAUCCUUACCGGUCGUGUCGUGUCCACCAAAAUGACCCGCACGAUCAUCAUCCGUCGGGACUACCUCCAUUACAUCCCCAAAUACAAUCGUUACGAGAAGCGUCACAAAAACCUUGCGGCACACCUAUCACCAGCUUUCCGUGUAGAGGUCGGCGACCAGGUCACUGUUGGCCAGUGUCGGCCGUUGUCGAAGACGGUGCGUUUCAACGUCCUCCGUGUGUCGAAGAACAAGGCGGCGGCGAAGACGUUUGGCAAGUUCUGA